AUGCUGACCCGGAGCCCGCCGCGCUCCGUGAGCGUCGACGGCCGCACGACUCAGCCGCAGGAAUCGGGACACACCGAGCAGGAAACACAGGCUUCCUGGGAGGCACCGGCGGAGAUCAGCGCGCUGCGACAUGUGGCGGUUCGCACACCGCCCUUUUGGAGGGACAAUCCUGCAGCCUGGUUCACGCAGCUCGAGUCGCUGUUCGCCUGCCAGCAGAUCAACUCCGAUCUGCAGCGAUACCACACCACCGUCGCCGGCCUGGACAGCGAGACGGUCGCGGACCUGAUGGACGUGCUGCAGAACCCCCCCGCGUCCGGGAAGUUCCAGAACUUGAAGCAGCAGGUCUUGGCCCGACACGGCGAUACUGCGCAGCGCCGCCUGCAUAAGCUGCUGUCGGGCCUCUCCAUGGGAGAUCGCACCCCGGCGCAGCUCCUUCGGCACAUGCGAACGUUGGCUGGCAAUAGCAUCACGGACGACGCGCUUCGGGUUCGAUGGCUUCACCUUCUGCCAUCGGCCACCUCGAGGAUGCUGCGGCUCCUGCGGGAGGCGAGCUUGGACGAGCUGGCGCAGGCUGCGGACGAGCUGGCCGACACAUCGCCGGACAUCUGUGCGGUGCGACCCGCGCCAGAUGCGACGGCGGACUCAGCGACCCUGGCCAAGAUCGCAAAAGAGCUGUCCGCGUUGCGGAACUCCACGGAUCGGAUCCUUGAGUACCUUCGACCUGCGAACGGCGGCGCUCGUCAGCGCGGGCGCAGUCGCUCUCGCACUGGGGGCCGUGCCGCGGAGCAGGGAGAGCUCUGUUUUUACCACGAGCGUUUCGGGGACAAGGCGGAAAACUGCAGACCGCCGUGCGGCUACGCUCUCACCUCUGCAACACGGCCGGGAAACCGAUAG